AUGGCUCUCGUAGAUCAAUUCAUGACUCUGGAUCAACUUGAUGUGGGUGUGGUGAAGACGUUUCACCCUACUGAAGCUGAGUUGGUGGGUUUCUUUCUAUACAACAAGAUUUCCAUGGCCUCAAACCCAGGCAAUCAUAUUCAGACCUUCCCUGAAAUUUGUAUAUACGGCGAGACAGGCUUACCACCUUGGGAGAUAUGGAGGGUAUAUCAGCAAUUCAAGUUUCCCCACCAAGAUUUUCUCUACUUCUUCUCCUGGGCCAAGAAAGUGAGCCCCAACAAAUCUCGCAACUCUCGCACGGUUGGCUCUGAUGGAGGAACGUGGAGCGAGACGGAGGCCGGCAGGCCUGUGUAUAUCAGUGGAAGUGAAGAGGCGUUUGGGAAAGUCAGGAAGUUUCGGUAUGAAAAGAACAAGGACAAAACGUUUGUGCAUCACGCUGCUUGGUUGAUGGAGGAGUACACCAUCAACCAAGCACCAGAUCUGGCUUUGUGCCGACUCAAAGUCAAUGAUAAAGGAGGAGGAAGAAAAAAGAGGAAGAAGAGUUCUGAUGAGACUAAUGAGGAUCAGAAUGUGAGAAGCAAAAAGUGUUUGAAAAACCGAAAAGUUGAACCGAGAAGAGAUCAAACUAGUUUCUUGGAUCCUGAGGAGCAACAAGAAGGCAGUGCUUCCAUUGCUACUACUACUUCACAGCUAAUUCUCUCUCCCUAUCAUCAUGAAGAUGAUCAAGCGGUUCAGGUGGUUCCGGAGAACAAUUACGAUUAUGACGAGCUGCAGCAGAUCCUCUUUAGUGAUGAUGAUUGUAUGGAUGAGAAUCUAAUGUUCUCUCCCACUAUCUUGUUUGAUGAUGCUCAGCUUAUGGCUUCUGUCGAUCGAUCAAUAUCCAGUGAGCAACAACAACAACAAGAUUCGGAUUAUUCACUUGCGCCGCAACAGCAAUUGGAACCUGACAAUAGGUGUCAAGAGGAGGACCAAAUAGAACAAGAAGAUCAGCCCUCUUCCUCUCAUUCUCAUGAUGACGAUCUGAUUAUUUCUGGCCAACAUGACUAUAAUAUUCCACUCGAUAACGACUUCUUAUGGUCAGAUGAAUUUAAUGGACUCUUGACUCAUGAAGAUCAGCUGGGAGCUCUGCCAUGGUGGGAAACUGAUGAUCAGUUUCAGUAUUCUGACAUCUUGUAG